AUGGAAGGCCAAGGCGAAAAUGACGAGCUCUAUCCCAUUGCCGUCUUGAUUGAUGAACUGAAGCAUGAUGAUGUGAUCCUUCGUCUAAACGCGAUUCAUCGACUCUCAACAAUCGCUCUCGCCCUCGGACCGGAGAGAACGCGAGACGAGCUGGUGCCGUUCCUUGAUGACUCAGUCGAGGAUGAAGAUGAAGUUUUAACCGCUCUAAGUGAAGAGCUCGGAAACUUCGUGGAAUACGUCGGUGGGCCAGAAUAUGCCCACGUCCUUCUUUCCCCCCUCGAGCAUUUGGCAGCCAUAGAGGAGCCAUUGGUGCGAGAAAAGGCCGUAGAGUCCCUCAACAAGAUCUGCGAGCAGCUCUCCCCCCGGCAGAUCGAAGACAAUUUUAUACCCUUGACAGUCCGUCUCUCAAAGGCAGACUGGUUCACCUCCAAGAUAUCUGCGGCCGGCCUCUACUGUACUCCCUACAGAACUGCCUCUCCAGCUUUACAGCAGGGGCUACGACAACAAUUUGGGCAAUUAGUCCAUGAUGAUACCCCUAUGGUUAGACGGCAGGCUGCCAACAACCUAGCGAAAUUCGUGAAAGAGAUGGAUUCGCAGGUUAUCAUAGUGGAGAUGGUUCCUUUAUUCCAGAACUUGGCAAACGAUGACCAGGAUAGUGUCCGACUCUUAACUGUUGAAAUUUUGAUCUCCAUAGCAGAGGAAAUCCCCAAGGAACAGCAAUCUAGCCACGGCGUUCUUCUUACAGCUCUCCGAAAUCUGUUUGAAGAUAAGAGCUGGAGAGUAAGGUACAUGGUUGCAGACAAAUUCGAAAAGAUCGCAAAAGCUGUCGAUGAGGAAGUUGUCAACCGUGACCUGGUCCCAGCAUUCGUAAAGCUCCUCAAGGAUACCGAAGCAGAGGUCCGCACCGCUAUUGCCGGGCAGAUUCCAGGUUUCUGUCGGCUCCUUGACCGUGAAACACUAUUAAAUGAGAUAAUGACAAGCAUCGAAGAUCUCGUAUCAGACCCGUCCCAGCAUGUAAGAGCCGCUUUGGGCAUGCAGAUCAGCGGUCUAGCCCCUAUUCUAGGGAAGGAAGAGUAA